ACACGGCAUCGUUCUUCAAUGGGGCUUCUUUAAAUCAGAUUAGCAGAUUAGAAUUGUUGGUGCAGAUUACUUUAUAACCCAGAUUGAGAGAGGGGAGAGGGAUUCUUCUGCAGGAUUUUGGCAGUGAAGGACUGUUGCCUGUGACCAUUUACGAUGCCUGUCAUAAACGUGGAGGAUCUGACGGACAAGGACAGGGCUUUAAUGGAGGUGAACCAACUCAAAGUUGAAGUCAAACUUGAACGGUGGCUGACGUCUAAAUGCUGCGAAGAAAUCAAGGACUACAUUCAGGCGGGAGUGGAGGAGGACACCCUCGUCAAAGGCAUUUCUGAGGAGAAGAACCCCUUCAAGGAGAAAGGUGGCUGUGUCGUCUGCUAAAAAAGACCUGGGGAGCUUUCUACAUCUCAGAUUAGCACCCAAGGACAUUCUCUCUCUCCCCCCUGCAAAAUGGAUUUGCAGAAGGAGACUAGAAGGACACGAUAAAAAAGAGUUCAUAAAACUGAAUCCCUAUCCUCAGGCCAGAUCUGUAGCCUUAUAACCUUAUUCUUUGAAAAGAUGCAAUAAAUAAGUUUAUUUGGCAAAUGUGAAUGUAGUCUGGGCAAACGGGUGUCUGUGUUGUUCAAACACUGAAGCAGCUGUCAUUAUAUGUGCAUGUUUAUAAGUCAGCCUGUCUCUGUGAUUGCCUCGGGGCUGACAGAAAAGUUAGCAUUCAUCUCCAUAACUCAGUUUGCACGCAUUCAGUUGCCCCAACUUUUUGUCGUAAUAUAAUACAAUAUGCUGCAGCAUAAAUCACAGGUAAAAAUAAACUUUAAAGAACUCCC